AUGUCGACCGUGCUUGGGUUGUGCGUUCUGCUGAUUUUGGGGAGUCUAGGGGGGGCAGCGGCGUCCCAAGUCCAGAUCUACGGGAAGUCUGUCUACGGAGGACUGAGGAGCGGCUAUGUGGGAAGGCAGACCGCGAGGGGGCAUCUGACACGGAGUCCUAGCAAAAACACCAUCCACAGAAGUUUGGAUCUGGAGGCCUUUAACCUCCACGUAACCCCCACCGCCAGUAAGAUCAGUCUGCCCACCAUCAUCCGCCUGUACCCACCCACCGCCAAGCCCUUGCACCUGCACGCUAACAUGCCGCUACGCUUCGGACGGGCUAACAACCCUGCCCACGACAGUCCCACUAAUCCCAACAUGCCUCUGCGCUUCGGCCGAAACAGUGACUUUGCCCACAACCACCAUGUCAUCCCCAACAUGCCUCUGCGCUUCGGCCGGGACAGUGACUCCGCCCCUGACCCCUCCUUGUCCAAUCCCAGGGCUCUGCGAUUUGGGCGGGAAAGCGACUCAACUUCAGGGAACACUCCCACCAUGCCGCAGAGGUUUGGACGUGCCGGGAAAAUGUUCCACGUGUGUCCACCAUGUUCCGACGGAGAGGAGACACAGGAAACACAGAGAGACGGUCUCUACUGGAGUCUGCUUAGGACAAUCCACAGUUAUUGA